CCAGACAGUGUCCGGACACGGCCGGCACAGACAGUGCAGCUGCAUACGGGAGGUGACAACACCCGCCCCACCCCCUGCGCUGAUGACCAGGGAGGACUUGGGAGGACUGGCCUACCGGUGACACCUGAGUGGGAGGCUGGGGACCGUCCUAGUUCACCGUCCUCUGCAAGAAGCAGUACACGGAGCCUGUUUCUGGGAGAGCCUCUGUGUGCUUCCCAACGGGGAGACUGAUACCCAGGACGCUGAGAUGAGCUCCGAGCUCAGGGACAUCCUAGUGCUGCUGCCUACCUGGGAACAACUGCGGCUGUCAGUGGGGGUCACAGCCACAGGACAAGAGCUCUUCCGGCUGGUGUGCGAUGUGGCACACAUUCGUGACACCCGCUAUUUUGGCCUCAGCGUGGUCAGAAACGAGGAGUACGUGUUCCUGGAUCUGAAGCAGAAGCUCAGUAAAUACUUCUCCAAGGACUGGAGGAUGGAGAUGAACCAAAGGAGUAAGAUAUCCAGGGCGCCCUUUAUCGCCUUCUUCAGAGUGCAGUUCUACGUGGAAAAUGGGAGGGCGAUCAGUGACAAGACAGCCCGGUACCUGUACUACUGUCACCUGAAGGAGCAGGUGCUGAGGUCCAGGUGCGAGCACAGAGAGGAGGUCUACUUUCUGCUGGCUGCCUGUGGGUUGCAGGCUGAUCUGGGGGACCACCAGGAGUCGGUCCAUGUGGGCAAGUACUUCGAGCCUCAAGCCUACUUCCCACAGUGGAUUAUCAGCAGCAGGGGAGCUGACUACAUCCUCAGGCAUGUGCCUGCCAUGCACCGCGAACGGCGGGGCCUGAGCCCCAAGGAGGCCGUACUGGGCUUCAUCAGGGCUGCCUGCCGCCUGGAGGACGUCCCUGUACACUUCUUCAGGCUGUACAAGGAAAAGAAGGAAGAUGGCCCUAGCAUCCUCCUGGGACUCGCUCUGAAAGGAGUGCUCAUCUACCGGGAGGCGGACGACGACGCGCAGCUGCUCUUCGACUUCCCCUGGCCACGUAUUUCGAAGGUGACAUGUCUGGGGAAGAAGCUGGAAAUCCAGCCGGAAGGACCCCUGGCAGCACAGAAGCUGAGGCUCUACACGGGCUACACCUGGCGCUCCCGCUACCUGCUGCACCUGCUUCGCGCCACCCACCGGCUCCACCUCAGCCUGCGGCCUGUGCUGCAGUGGCUACAGCAGCUGGAGGAGGCAGAGGAGAGGAAAUGCUACCGGGAAUCCUACAUCAGCGAUCCUCUGGAGCAGGACCUGAACCCACGCCGCAGGGAUUACCUGGGCAACGAGGAGGACGGUAUGGACAGCAGACGGCAAUCCCUCCUCCUCUCACUGUGCCCCCAAAGCCACGGCAGCUCCCACACCGCGGGCAUCAAGCUCUACUCCCUGCGCGAGGAGCGUGAGAUGUCUGUGGAUGAGCCCACAGGGACUGAGAGGCUCUGUAGGACGACGCCAUCCAGCAGUUCCUGGAGCGGCUUUCAGCAGCCAGGACACCUGCACCAAGGGCAGAGGUCGGGGAGGUGGAGGCUGACCAUAGGGGUGACCAGCAUCUCCACAGCCUGAACAACAUGCGGCUUCCCAGCACCUUCCGACUUCCUCACCCGGCUGCACCUGGGACUGCAUGCUGCUGGAGCUUCCGGUGCCCCCUAGAGUCCAGGGCUGCUCUUACCGGCAAGGCGUUCACAAACUACCUCUCCCCGUACAGGCCUGGCGAAGAGUCACCCCUGCUGGACUUUGUGGUAUAGGCAAGAGCCUCACAGCAGUCCUGUCUGUGCCAGCCAGCCAGCUUGGAAGGUGACUCGGUGGCCUUGGGCCAGGUCUGGGCAAGGCCUUCAGUCAGUCCCCUCUUCUUUGACUGCUCACCCGUAGGAGGGGUGGGGCAGCUCUGACCUUUAGCCUAGAGGUAGGCGGGCAGUAGGCAUGGACCCUGCUCUUCCUGCCUCGGGCUGUAAGUGCCCAGGUCUCUCAUGGCAUAAAUGUCUGAGGGACCCAGGAGUCAGCAUUAGCCGUGAAGCGGAGGGCUCUUGUCUUAUCUGUGUGAAGAAGGCAUCACGGUGGCAUUAGAGCCAGAGCUGGCUGCACCAGGGUCUCCACGCUGGCUGGGCUUCCAGGU